AUGUGCUAUGGAAUGGAUGCUCUUUCUGCCGUACACAAUGAAAAUUCCUAUGCCAGUGGGGUCAAGAAGCGCCCUCGAGGCCCUCGGGCAUCACUCCAGAAAAGCAGCACCAUCGGCUUCGAGUCAAUGCUGUCCGGCGGCUGGGUCGAACUAAAGACACGGGCCAUGCUAUAUUACUACAAUCACUACCUAAAGGCUCCGAGAGAUACGCCGAGGGUCCUGAAGGCCAUUUCAGAGGACUACCUGCUUGCGUGGAUCCCCAAACUCGAGAGCCCUAUCAUUGACCUUGCCGUUUCUUGCAUGGCACUGGCGGUAUUUUCACGGAGAUACAAGUAUCAACCAGCUGCGAUUGAAGCAUCCUUGAAAUACCACCAGCUUCUGCAAGUUGCGCGGACUUCCAUGCCAUCCCUGGUAGUCAACGACGUCGACACUUGCCUACUUUCAAUUUUUUUCAUGAGUCGGUAUGAAGAUGUAGUGCACGAUGUAAAGGGGCUCGAUCAACAAAUUACUGGAGCGCGAAGCCUCCGACACCACGACGGCGCACUGUCCGUCCUGAACAUGUGGAAGCACUGUCUUAGUGAGGAUCAACCAGCAACUGACAUCAUGAAAUAUACACGACGUGGAAUGAUCAAGUCUGCGCUACUCAGGAAAAACGGCUUACCUGCAUGGAUCACUGAAGGCAGCACGUUUGGCGAGCGCGGGCUAGAGCUUGAAUACGACCGUAUUAUAAUUCGACUGGCCAAUCUCCGUCAUGAGCUUUUUGAAUCUCUCAAAAGUCAUACCGAAUCUGAUCGUACAGACGCGGAGAGAUUUGCGCAAGAAGCGCGGGAUAUUGACAAAACCCUAGAACACUGGGCAUUGCAUUUCCCUAGCACCUGGUCAUAUCAGCGGUACACUCUCCCUGAUCACGGCCAAUUCCCAACCUCCAAUUUCUUCUCUCCUACGGUCCAUAGCUAUUCCAGUCUCGCCCAUGCCGCGGUAUGGAAUCAAUACUACUCGACUCGGAUGCUGUCGCUCAGCACGCGUAUCAGGGUUUUACAAAGCAAUCAUUUUGGACACGUAGCUGCUGUGGAACGCGAAAUCGCCGAGUGCGCAGGAUGUGCCGAAAACAUGGCCUUGGACCUUGCAUCCAGUCUGCCAUUCAGCCUGGAAAGAUUCAAAUUGGAAGCGCUCGAUGUUACCCCUACGCCUGAAUCCCCCGUGAUUCGUGAAUCGAAGGAAGAUAUCAGGCCCUACUUUAUCUCAAUGACCAUCUGGCCUUUGUCACUUGCAACAAACCUUGAGAAUAUUCAAAAUAGACAGGUCUUUUGGCUUAGAAGUCGGCUUGCAGACCUUGGAAGGAUUUCGGGGUAUGGAAUGCUCGAGUCUAUAGCCACCACACCAUGGCUGAAGCUCUGACCUCGAAGAUCGAGAAAAUCAGAGUGGAUGGAUCAUGACUCCAAGGUUCCCGAUUAACUAAUCGGCCUCCUAAUCGGGGUGAUGUGAUGUCGCCUUACCUCACCUAUAUAUAUUAUUAUGACGACGUCUACGCUAUUUGACGGAAAUGAAAUGACAUUA